AUACAUACACGUAUUUAAAAUUGCACAUGAUAACAGCAGUAUUAGAUAGAGUCAUAUUAUCGUACAUGACUUUUAAUUUUGAUUAAACCUGUAUAGGCAUUUGUAUUCGCCAUAAGUAUUAUCUGCAAUAGUAUUUUGUGUCAAGUUUUUUUAUUUAUAAUACUAAUAUUUUACUGGUGUUACAAUAUUCAAUGAUUAUUUAUUACAUUGAGGUUAGUAUGGUAGAAGAUAAAAAAUAUGAAAUUGGUAGCCGAAUUGAGUGUGAUGGAUAUCGAGGUACAUUAAAAUACUGCGGCCCUGUCGGUGAUACUAAAGGUUUGUGGCUUGGUAUAGAUUGGGAUGAUCCUACUCGUGGUAAACAUAAUGGCACAUAUGAAGGAAUAGAAUAUUUUAAAGCUAGGCACCCCACAUCUGGUUCAUUUAUACGUCCAGGUAAAGCAAAAUUUGGAAUCUCUUGUCCAGAAGCUAUAAAAAUGCGGUAUGGUCUUAUCAACGAUGAACUAGCAGGAAUUGAUAGAGAUACAUUAACAAGUUUGCAAAAAGAAAUCAAUGCUCCUUUUCUGGAAGUUGUUGGUUUCUCUAAAGUAAAUAAAAAACAAAGCAGGUUUGAUCAAUUAAAAAUUGUGGGUUUACGAGAACAAUGUGUUAGUAACGCUGGUAAGCCUGAUGAAUUGAAAGUGUUGUGUCCGAACAUAGAAGAGUUAGAUAUAUCUAGAAAUUUAAUAAAUAGUUGGCACAUUGUGGCAGACAUCUGCUGUCAGCUUAAUUCUCUUGAACGGCUUGAUGUUAGUGAAAAUUAUUUACCGACUGAAAAUGAUAUGAAAGUAUUAAAUAAUUCAUUUUUAACUGUCAAAUCCUUAACAAUGGCAAAAAUGAAUUAUAAUUGGUUUGAUAUUCAACAAUGUAUGUGUAUGUUUCCAUCUCUUCAAGAACUUUCACUUUCUUUCAAUAUUGUCGAUAUUAUACAGAAACCAAUAGAGGAUGAUAAUUUAAUGAAAAUAAAUAACUUAACGCUUGAAGGAAAUUUGAUAUCCAGUUGGGACGAAGUUCUCAAAUUAGGUUCACUUCCAUGCUUAGAAUACCUUAAUUUAAGUUCGAAUAAAAUAAACAAAAUAAGAUUUCCAUCUGUUGAUUCAACAGGAAAAACUUCGGCUUUUCCUAAUUUACGACAAUUGCAUAUAUCGCAAAACAACAUAUCAGAGUGGAGAUCUAUAUCAGAAUUAGAAAAACUUAAUAAUUUAGAAGAUUUAAAAUUUAGAGAAAAUCCAAUCUUGAAAAAUGAAAAUAUGGAAACUGCUCGUCAGUUAGUAAUAGCAAGAAUUUCGAAAUUACGAGUUUUAAAUGGUACUGAAAUUUUGCAAGAUGAAAGACGAGGCGCGGAAUAUGAUUAUAUGAAACUAUAUUUCCCAAGAUGGAUUGAAACGGAAAAUAAUUCUGAAAAGAGAAAACAAUUUAUAAUUGAACAUCCUCGUUAUCCAUCAUUAGUUAAAAAACACGGAAUUUCCGAUAUACCUUCGGCUGAAUCAAAAACGGAAAUGAUUUCUAAUGUCAUAACGGUAGAAUUUGUAUGUCCUGAUCAUCCGAACCAGCCUAAAGGAAUUAAAAGAAAGCUUUUAAAAGAUAUGGAAGUUCAAAAAGUAAUUGGAAUUGCACAGCGACUGUUCAAAACUGGAGGAAAAAUCUUAUCACUCUCAUUCAUACAAAAAAAUCUUUCGAAAGACGAAAUUCCUUUGGAUAAACCGCUUCAAGAACUUAGUUAUUAUUCCAUACAAGACGGAGAUCAAGUUAUUGUGAGGUGGUGAUAUUUAUGAAUUGUUUAUAGAUAUAAUUGUAUUUUUUACACUGUUAAAACUUCAUCACCAUACUUUGUUAUUAAACUUUUUUAAUUGUAAA